AUGAAUCAUGAGGUGUUGGCUUCACAAUACAGUAGUGGAUGCGAGUCUGGUUGGACUCUGUACUUGGAGCACUCUUUCCUUUAUCAACAACCUUCACAUAGAGCCAAUGGAAAAGAUCAUCUUGUCAUUGAAGAAAAAAGACCAAAAUAUAAGGAUGAAGAAGAGGACUUGUCCAUGGUCUCUGAUGCUUCUUCGGGUCCCCCACAUCACCAUGACGAUGAAGAUGAUGUCAAUGAUGAUAAGAGGUGCUUUUACCAUCCACCCAUUGAUGCCACAUUGCCUAAGAACAUUGCCAGAAAGAAGAAAAAAAAGGAAAGUCGACGUCGAAAGUUUCAAGAACAGCAGUCUUUCCUUGAUGAUACUGCUAGUUCUACUCUCUUCAACUUCUCCAAGACAAACCAGGCUUCAAUGGAGAGUCUAGAUUUUUCACAGGGCUAUUCUACAACUCACUUUGAGGGAAGAUCUGCAUUUCAAGGGCAUGUUGGGUUCUUCCAGUCUUCUCUGUCUGGAAACCAACUGCAGCAAAACCACAGCUGGUUUCAGAGGAGGUGGGGAUGAGAUGAAGUGAUAUCCAUCACAACUGCUGCUGUUGUUGAAGUUGUUUAGAAAGAGCUGGUAGGAGAGUUUCCAAAGCUUCUGGAUCUCAAAGUGGGUCUUGUUUUCUUUUUUUCCUGUCAAUGCAGUGGGAAACAACCAGAGAGCAAAAAGUGGGAAAUAAAUUCCCUGUUUCUCAGAAUUAAAUCUUCUUGUCAAUGAAUAGUAGUCACUUUUGAGCUCUGAG